UUUCUAGUUUCUAGACCGGGAAGCAGCAGCAACUGUGUCGAAUAGCGUUUUGCCAGGGGAAGAAGAGAGAAAGGGCGUGGGCACACACACACACACUCAUAUAUUCUGAGCUGAGUAAGAUUUUAAACAGCAGCAGAAGAAGCAGGUGACCGUGGAAAUGUCAGUGCAAGAGUACCUGGAUAAGCACUUACUUUCCCGAAAACUCGAAGAUGCCGUCAAUGCCGCCGUUAGGGCCAAGACCUCCGAUCCCGUUCUCUUCAUCUCGAAUCACAUGAAAAAAGCAGUGCAAUCGGUGAUAACAAAAGUCAAGGCCAGGCAGAUCCUCGAUAGUAGAGGGAUUCCAACCGUCGAAGUCGACUUGUACACUAACAAAGGAAUGUUUCGCGCUUCGGUUCCUAGCGGCAACUCCACCGGCAUGUACGAAGCUGUCGAGCUACGGGAUGGAGACAAAGGAGUGUAUCUCGGAAAUGGCGUGGCCAAAGCUGUUAAAAAUAUCAAUGACAAAAUAGCUGAGGCAUUGGUCGGCAUGGAUCCCACGCUUCAGUCGCAGAUUGAUCAGGCCAUGAUAGACCUCGACAGAACUGAGAAGAAGGGGGAACUUGGAGCCAAUGCUAUAUUAGCUGUGUCCAUUGCUGCUUGUAGAGCUGGUGCGGCUGAAAAGGAGGUAUCACUUUACAAGCACAUUGCCGACCUGUCUGGAAAAACCAACCCAACACUUCCUGUUCCCGCCUUCACUGUAAUAAGUGGUGGAAAACACGCAGGGAGUAAUCUGGCCAUUCAGGAAAUCAUGGUUCUCCCAAUUGGAGCAAGCAAAUUUGAGGAAGCACUGAGAAUGGGUACUGAGACCUAUCAUCACUUAAAGGCUGUCAUUACAGAAAAAUCUGGUGCACAUAACUGUAAUGUUGGUGAAGAUGGUGGCUAUGCUCCUAAUAUCUCCAGCUUUAGAGAAGCCCUGGAUCUUGUCAAGGAGGCCAUUAGCAGAACUGGUUAUAAUGACAAAAUAAAGAUAGCUCUUGAUGUUUCUGCUACAAAUUUUUGCAUAGGUAAGCAUAGGGUUCUAUCAUCUUUUACUUUUAGAUUCUUUAGAAGAUAGAAUUUGGUGAUACUU